GUUUGGUGGAUUUGAGACUCGCCGUAAUCGUAGCAAUCGAUGGGUGUCGUAGGGGAAGACAGAAGCAGAAAAUGAUGGCGUCUCGUCCCUUCGAUGAUGAUGGCUACAUUGGCUACGAUACUCACCUUCCUCGAUUAUACAACUCUGGAGAUGAUGUGUUCGUAUCUCAGCCGAUUCUUGAGACUCCAUUGCCGCCACCAAUCGGUGGCGGUAGUGUUGGAUUCUCGGAAUUCUCAGCUGAGGAGAACAGAAACGAUCUCGACGGCAGUGCUUCGGCUGGGGGCGGCAGUGUUGGAUUCUCGGAAUUCUCAGCUGAGGAGAACAGAAACGAUCUCGACGGUAGUGCUUUGGCAAUUAAAAUGUAGUGAAAAGCCAAAAAAAAAAAUAAUAAUAAUAAAAAAAAUUCCUGUAU